CUCUUAGGACAACGAGUCAACACCUUUACACUCCUAUAUAUACAGGUCGGGCCAGCGGUACCUCUGACACUGUUUUCUUUUCACCGUUUCUGCAGAGGAAUACAAUACCUGAAACUAUGAAUAAGCUGCUGGUCAUCACUGUGCUUGUUGCACUUCUUGCACUCAACACUGAGGGCUACCGUGUGCUGAGGCAGGCUCAGGAGGAGGAGGAGGGGUCUCUGGGCAAGAUAGCAAGUACCAUCAAGUCCUACUAUAGCAGCGCUGUCGACACUGCCAGUGACUACAUUGACAGCAUCAAGGGACUUAAAGUGAAGGAGAACGUAUCGAAUCUAUACAAUCAGGCUGCUGAAAUUGUGAGCACCUACUCUGGCAUCGUACAGGACCAGGUUUACCACAGACUUUACCUCCAGCAGUAAAACAAAAAGCGUUCCAGUGACCACUGCUACCUCAAAGAACCCUCAAUUUCCACUCACAAAAGACUAAACAUCAUUUGACAUUCAAAACUUGGCCAUUUUUCACCACACCCAAACUUCAUAACUUCAGACAGCAUCUUCAGAACCUGCACGGGGGGUAGAUGAUGAUAUCCUCUGAUUGGAGACGGUGAUCUUUUAUAAAGGCAGUUACCAGCUUGCAUGGAGUAAACUGGACGGGAGCACAGAGUAUCUUGUCAUGUACCAUUUCAUUUGUGCAUAGGUCUGAGAGUUAAAAAUCAGAUGUGAAAAUAAUGCAAAUGAUUCAGACAUGUAACACCACCUACUAGCGCUGAUUCUCUGGUAUCUCUGGAUAAAUUGAAAUAUUCAUGUCAUAUCUUCAAAUAAAAUAUUUAUACUAAAA